CACUUUAAAGCGGUCCGCCGGUUCGCUGCUCGGCCUGGAAUCGCGCUCGCAGCGGCGCUCGCGGAGGAUCCAGGCUCCAGGCGCUGGCGCCGGGGCCGCGGAGGAGGCGACUUCGCUGCUUUCGGCGGGCGCGGCCGGGCGCCCGGAGAGCGGCGCCCCAGCACCCGGCACCCUGGGCCUGAGGAGCUGUCCCAGCGAGCUCCCCAGGAACCCCAGCCACCCCGAGGUUGAUGAGUUUGCCUGGGGAAUCCUCGAGCCGGUGAAGCCAGAGGCCACCAUGGGUCAGAAGGUCACCGGAGGGAUCAAGACUGUGGACAUGCGGGACCCCACGUACCGGCCCCUGAAGCAGGAGCUGCAGGGCCUGGAUUACUGCAAGCCCACGCGGCUGGACCUGCUGCUCGACAUGCCGCCCGUGUCCUACGACGUCCAGCUGCUGCACUCCUGGAACAACAACGACCGCUCCCUCAACGUCUUUGUCAAAGAGGACGACAAGCUGAUCUUUCACCGGCAUCCGGUGGCCCAGAGCACAGACGCCAUCAGGGGCAAAGUCGGGUACACCAGGGGGCUGCACGUGUGGCAGAUCACGUGGGCCAUGCGGCAGCGGGGCACGCACGCGGUGGUGGGAGUGGCCACGGCGGACGCCCCGCUGCACUCUGUGGGGUAUACGACCCUCGUGGGGAACAACCACGAGUCCUGGGGCUGGGACUUGGGGCGCAACCGGCUCUACCAUGACGGCAAGAACCAGCCAAGCAAAACGUACCCAGCCUUUCUGGAGCCGGACGAGACGUUCAUCGUCCCUGACUCCUUCCUCGUGGCCCUGGACAUGGACGACGGGACCCUGAGCUUCAUUGUGGAUGGACAGUACAUGGGCGUGGCUUUUCGGGGACUCAAGGGCAAAAAACUGUACCCUGUAGUGAGUGCCGUCUGGGGCCACUGCGAGAUCCGCAUGCGCUACUUGAAUGGACUGGAUCCCGAGCCCCUGCCGCUCAUGGACCUCUGCCGGCGGUCUGUGCGCCUGGCCCUGGGGAAGGAGCGCCUGGGCGCCAUCCCUGCGCUGCCGCUGCCCGCCUCGCUCAAGGCUUACCUCCUGUACCAGUGACGCAGCCUGGACGCCGCACGACCACAGUCCACGGCGCCCAUGAGUGCCGCUCACCCUCCCUGGCCUCCAGCUGCCUCUGCUGGACCGGACCGAUGCCGCCCGCCAGCCUGCCCGCCUGGGCUCUGAUCCUCCUGUGAUGGGCAGCCCCACCUUGGAACCAGACACAGAGAAUAAACUCCUACGAAAGCC